UAGAGAGUACAAGCGAAAAAACUACUUUCCUUUCCUUUUUUCUUUUCUAGGCGCGUAAACAAAAAUUUGAAAACAAACAUUGUGCUUUUAAUUGAGAGAAACAGUAAUUAUUUUUUAUACAAAUGAAGAGAAAAUUUUUGUAACUUAUCUUUAAUCUAUUAUACGUGUAUCCAUUAUAUUUCAUGAUUUAAUUUGACUUUAUCUACUAAUGGUUUGGAAUAAAUAAGAAUUCAUAAAAAAUGUCAAACCACUUGUAACGUGAAACAUUGCAUACAUUAAAGUAUUUGGUAUUAUUAGUAAAUGGAAAUAAUAUGUCUACAACCUAUAAAAAUACAUUAAGAGACUUAAAAUUGAAAAUAAAAAGCUGGGAGUCUGAAUUUCUUAAAAUAAAUCUUAAAAAACCAAGUAAAGAGGACAUUACUAAUGCACCAUCGAAUAUUAAAGAAUCAUAUAAAAGUUAUUGGAAAUUACAAAAGAAAGAAACUAAUGAGAACAGUUUUAUUAAGGAAGAUGUUUGGAGUGUGAGUUUAAACAAAUCAAAUUUGAAAUCUUCUAAGUUGAAAUAUAAUGAACAAUAUGUAAAAAAUAUAAGUGACAAACUGAAGUUUAAUUCAAGUUCUUUGAAUGUAAAAAGAAUUCUUCCUCUGGCUUCUGAAACAAGCAAUUCUGAAGUAACAAAUUCUGCCACAUCAGUAUCAUUUGAAGUUAAAGAUGACAUUCCAAUAUCUCUGCCAAAGGCUAAUCACAAUUGUCCUGUUGUUGAUAUAAGUGAAUGUGAUUCCCCUUUCAAUGAUAAUACUGGCAUGAUAAAACGAUUCAAAACUGUUCAAUCUGUCAAUUUAAUUCCUUCAACUGUAGGUUUUAUUCCACAAUUAAAACCAUUACAAUUUGAUCAAAAUGUAAAUGCAGAUUGGCUGGAAAGGUGUGAUUUUUCUUUAUCAAGUACUGCUGAUGUAAUUAAAACAUCUAAAGAAGUUCAUAAUAAACAAACUCCAUCAAACAAAAAACCUGAAAAGAAUGAGCUAAAUGAUGAUGUGCAGAAAAAAUGUGAGUUAACAGAAAAUAAACAAUGUUUUCAUGAAAUGAAUGAAACUAAACAAAAUUAUUAUGAGUUGAAUGAAAGCAAACAUAAUAGUUGUCAAAUAAAAGAGAGCAAACAAGAUUCAGCUGACAUUGCCAAGACAAAUAGUUUGAAUGAAUUGAAAGCUCUAAAACAUUCGCCUGUUACCAAUAGUUUUGUUGCAAAGCAUAAUUCAUCAAAUGAAGUUUGCUCUGAAAAAUUCAACUUUUCAUCUCAAAAUGAGAAGGAAUCAGAUAAUGAAAUCUCUUCUAAAGAUGAUUCUGCCUCAGAGAAAAAACCACCAUCAAAAAGACGUAAGUUAAAUAAGUCUUCUGGAAGUUCAAUUGAAGUGUUAGACUCUUCAAAAAAAGCUUCUCACCUUAAAAGAAAAAUUGCUAGUGGAUCUUUAAAUGAAAACUUCAUAAGAUUAGACAUCAAAAAGAAAAAAUUUUCAAGAGGAUUUCGUUCUACAAAUGUUAGAAAGUUGAAAUGGAACAAGUGGAAACAAAUGAAAAAAGCCUCCUCUGGUGCUGACAAAAGUAAUAUAACUGGUUGUUUUAAAUGUGGGGAAUUCGGACAUUGGGCAAGAAACUGUACUUCUGUGAACUAUGCAAAAGAGAAAAUGAAUGAAGAAUUUGAAAAUGAAGAGUUAGAUGAUUUACAUUUGCCUACUCUUGAGGAAGCUGCUAAGUUGUUAAGAGAAAAAGACAAUAAAAUAUCAACAUCUACAUUGAAUUCUAAAGUAAUCAGCAUACCCGAUGAAAAUGAUCCUUCAGUCACUUAUGAAAUCAAAGACUUCAACAUUUUUCUAGAGGAAGAGGAAUCAAUGAAAGGCAGUCUUGAACCUUUGUAUACAGUGGGCAAAAAUGGAAAGAUGAGAACUACACCUAAAGCUGUAUAUGAUGCUUUAAAAGAAAUGGGAUAUUCUAACUUUAGAGAUGGGCAAGAAAUUGCUAUUAUGCGAGUCCUAUCUGGUUUAUCUACUAUGGUUGUUUUGCCCACUGGAUCUGGAAAAUCCCUUUGCUACCAACUGCCUGCAUACAUGUAUGCUAAGUUUCAAAAAUCAUUUGCAAUAGUUGUAUCUCCACUAGUAUCAUUAAUGGAGGAUCAGGUAACUGGUCUGCCAUCUUGUUUACAUGCAGUUUGUUUGCAUAGUGGAAUGUCUGAUUCUCAGAAGACAACUGCAAUUGAAUUAAUAUCAGAUGGUAAAGUGCAGAUAGUGUUAGUGUCCCCAGAAGCAGUAAUAAGCUAUGGAUUUUUAGAAAAAUUGCAAUUGCCAAAUAUGCCAGCAAUAUCAUUUGUUUGCAUUGAUGAAGUUCAUUGUUUAUCUCAGUGGUCACAUAACUUCAGACCCUCAUAUUUGCAGUUGCAUAAGGUUUUGACCCAAAAACUUGGAGUGAAAUGCAUAUUAGGUUUGACAGCUACAGCUACUCGUACUGCUAUAACUGAUAUUAUCACUCACUUAAAUUUAGAUAGCUCAGAAAAUUCUGUUGUUGGUCAGACUAAUGUACCUCAAAAUCUUCAUUUAUCUAUUUCAAGGGAUAAAGAUAAGGACAGAGCUUUAAUACAGCUACUCAGUGGAGAUCGGUUUCACAAUUGCUCUUCUAUUAUUAUAUAUUGCAUCCGUCGUGUUGAAACUGAGCGUUUAGCUGCUCUUAUACGUACAUGCAUGCAAGAUGAAGUAGAUACGAAUUUGCUAAAAGAAAAGAAAAAAUCUAAGUCUAAAAAAAGAUGUUUCAAAUGGACUGCUGAAGCCUACCAUGCUGGAUUAGCUCCUCCUAGAAGAAGAUCUAUUCAAAAAAAGUUUAUGUCUGGUAAACUGCGUGUUGUUAUUGCUACUAUAGCAUUUGGUAUGGGUCUGGAUAAACCUGAUGUAAGAGCCAUUAUUCAUUAUAACAUGCCCAAAAAUUUUGAAAGUUAUGUUCAAGAAAUUGGAAGAGCUGGACGAGAUGGACUGGACUCACAUUGUCACCUGUUUUUAGAUAGUGAGCAAAAUGAUCUCUGGGAACAGCAAAGGCAUAUAUACUCUGAUGGUAUUGACCGACAUACUCUGAGGAAACUUUUGAAAAAAGUUUUUCUGCCUUGUAAAUGUAGUUCCUCGAACACAAAUUCUGAUACCUCCAAAACAAUGACAUCUGAUGAUACUUUUAGAUGUUCUAAACAUGAAAUUGCUUUUUCGAUCAAUGAUACUGUACAAGAAUUAGAUGUAAAACAAGAAAAUAUAUCCACUUUACUUUGUUACUUGGAAUUGCACUCUAAUAAGUGGAUAGAAAUACUUUCUCCUACAUAUGCUACUUGUUCUAUUAGGUGCUAUGGAGGACCUCAACAAAUGCAUAAUCUAGCUUUAAAGAAUCCAGUUAUAUCUGCAGCUAUAGCACUAGAUGCAGAAUGUGGCAAAAUAUGGAAGAAAAGUUCCCAGUAUACAUUUGAUGUUAUAAGGCUUUCUUCUGCUAUUGGAUGCAAGUCUUCUGUUCUGAAGCGUGAAUUGAGAAAACUAGAAUGGAAAGAUAAAAGAAAAACGGGAGUGAUGGUUGAGUUCUCUGAUUUGUCCUUUCAUGUAAUGGCACCUGGGAAUCUCUGUGAUGAAGAAAGAGAUUUAGUGCUUGACUUUCUGUACAAUAAAGUUCUUGAAUCUGAAAAAGCUCAGUUAAAAAGUCUUAGACUUUUAUUUGCUACAUUCCAAAAGUAUUCUUCUUCUCAUUACUGGGAAUGUUGUGACGAAGUAAACAUGGAAUAUAGCAUGGAAAUAAAAAAUGCUAUUAACCAAUAUUUUGACCAACAUGAUUCAUUGCUUAAAUCAAUUGAAAAUGAAGAAGCUAAUAAUGAGAUUGAUACACCAUAUGUUAAACAACUUAUUAAGGAUAUAAUUUGCACACACCGUGACCAAAAUUUCUCAGGAAGAGCAAUUGCACGCAUUUUUCAUGGGAUUACCAGCCCCUGUUUUCCAUCAGAAGUUUGGGGAAAAGUUCGAAAAUUUUGGAGAUGUCUUCUGCCUGUGGAUUUCAACUCUAUAAUGAAAAUGGCAAAUGAAGAAUUAAGAAAUUUAAGGUGAUUCUAAAUAUUAAAUUUGUAUCUAUAGAAACAAACAGUACAUAUGUAUACUUGCUUAUAUGUGUAUAUAUAUAGGUAAAUCACAUUGCUUACCUAUAUAACGUGAAAAUAUCAUUGUGGAAUUUCAAAGACAAAGAGUUAUGCUGUGAAAUUUAUAGUUUUGUAAUAUAAAGAACCAUGAAGUUGGAUAAUACCCCUGCUGUAUUAACUAACUAGUUUUCAUUUGCAUACAGCUCAUAUUUAUUAGAUUUUAUACUCUGAAUUAUUUAUUUGAAUUCAUUAAAUAUUUAAUUUUUGUUCACCUUAUUGUAAAUAAAGUCAUCAUGAAUUAAUUAUU